AUGGCCACAGGGCGACCAUAUGACCCUGCCCUCGCACGACCGGACCCUCCCGCUCCCCCUCAGAACCAUCUCGUCUCAAAAAAUGCAACGAACUCAUUAGAAGAUCUCUUGCGCAAUGCGGAGGAUGACAAUGAAUCUCAACAUACCCAAGAUGCGACCUCACGACCACCCGCUCCAACAGAUCCACAUGAUCUCCCGCUACCUGCUUCCAGACCGCCAUCACCGCAAAGACCACAAGGAGAUCGAAUGGUCGAUCCAGGACAGCUUGGUCCUCGUAUAACAGAGCAAGCGAGUCCACCAUUAUACGGAGAAAUCCUUAAGAAUGCUGGAAAUGUACUAGAACAUAUCAAAAAUGGAAGUGUCGGUAAAGAUUCUCGUCACGGGAGGAUUUCAAUCACAUACUACGACUAUUUCGACAACCUCAUAUCCGAUCCAACACAUAUCGAUGAUUCGGCGAACGUCGCAGCCUUGUAUCAUGUUUCAGAAGAUGUGCAGCAAAGGCUAAUCUUUGUGGAAGAUCUUUCUAAACCCACGAUAGACAAACUGGGUGAAACCUUCAGCAUCAAUCCAGAGUUCUUCGAAGAACAUUUACUGAAUUCUGGCUAUGCCGGCGGAAAAUACGAUAGUCCACCGGCUCGAAACUGGAGCACAGCGUCAUUUAAGAAAUCAUACGUGUCAUUCAGAUGGAUUCGACCAGUUUAUCGACUUCCAACGUACUUCUCAAGCAGCGACCUUGACGAUCUCCUUGACGGUAGCACAACCCAUUUCACACGGGGGAAGUCCGUUACAACGGAAAUCCUCACAAAUAUAUUCCGGCUAGAGUGGGGCUUGUGGACAGACCCCACAAAGACAGUGAGAAUGAAAAGGGUGUGCGGGUUAGAGGAGAGAGUAUCAAUUUGGAGAAAGAAGCUUAUUGGUCAAAACACUGAGAUUGUAAUUGUACUUCUUGACCCUUUGCCGGAGAUAUCUGAGAUGCAUCAAUACUGGGCACCAAUUGGCUUUCAGGGACAGAAUGGCGAGACUGACGAUGAUGACGAUGUAUCCUACCACUCCUCCUUGAUUGAAGAGGAACCACAACGUGUCAGGGACCAGCGUUCCCUUGCUAAGUCGUUGGACUGGCUCAUUGGCAGAGAAAGGCGAAAAAGCGACAAACAUGAGAAGAACCGUGAAGUACUAAAUACAGUUAUCAUUGAACAGAUAGCUUCUCGCCAAGCAGUCUCAGCUGACCUAGACCGCGUAUUUUGGACAUCGCAGUCGGUCACAGAUUUGGAGGGAAGACUCAAAGAGACCAAGUCAACCAAAUCAGAGAUCUGUGACGCUCUCAGAAUGAACCGGGGACCACUUAGUCUGAGCAAGCCGUUGUUCCAACUCAUCAAUCAAGAUACCAUGACGCUCCUCAACCAGCUGCGACAGGUUCUUGACGAAAUAGACAUCGAGAUGUUAGAUGACGCGAAGAUGGAGGAUAGAUUGGGCCUAUGGCGACAGAUCAUCAACCGUGCUCAAAGAGAGCUUCCAGAGCUGAGAUCUUCUUUGGAGCCUUUUAUUGAGUUUCUCAUUGGACUCCAUCCUCUAAGCUCUUCCAUGGAGCUUGCAGCCAUGAGAUUCGAACUGACGCAAGAUAUCCACGAAGUUUGGAAGAAUAUCGAUCACAUUAUUGAUCGACUUCAAAGAACGUCGGGGUCUUUAACUUCCAAUAUGGGUCUGCUAGACAGUCGACGCUCGAUUGACGAGGCUCAUGCUGUGGCAAGACUCACCGAACUCGCGUUCAUCUUUGUCCCGUUGUCUUUCGCAGCCUCUGUUUUUGGCAUGCAAAUCGAACCAUUUGCAGAUCCAGUUCCUCUCAGUAACUUCUUUAUUGUGGCUAUUGUCGUGACAUCAUUUGCUUAUUUGAUGCGUAUGACUAUGCGCAGCCAUUGGUUGAUUGAUCUCAAGGCAACCGUGAGACAUGAUGUCAGGGGAUACGCAGCCAGGAAUGGUCAACCUGUGCAACCUGGGACGCUUCCAAUGCUAUUGGUCUUUCGAUCAAUAGCAACGCGACUGGGCACCAGCAUUGCCAGGACAUGUAAAUGGGCUGCGAAAAGGACCAGUUCAGCAGCAGAGAAGCUCUGGGCUUUGCUCGGCUUCAUAAUCAGCUUCGUUUUGUUGAACGGUGUCGCUUCGGGGAUACCACUCGCUGUCCUCUGGACCUGCGAGCUUGAUUCCAAUAUCCAGGAUGCUGUCAGCAUCGCCAUUGUUCUCAUUGUUAUAGUCCUUGUGGGGGUCCCAUUCUGGUUCAGAUCCAAACCGAAGUUUCGGAACGCAUUACCAGACUUUAUCAUGGAUAGAGUGCGUCAAGCACCUUUGUGGGUUAGAAUGACCUCGAUAUAUUUGAUCCUGACUGCAACAUUUAUUGUGGUGCCUUUGGCACUCGUCUGGACACGCCCACUAGCUACUGGUAUCAAGACCGGGCUGACGGUGGGAGUUGUGAUGGUUGUGAUUCUAGUCAUGCUAAUUAUCACCCUUUUGGGGACUUUGGGACGGAAGUCUUUCGAUACCUUUGCACGACAUACUUAA